AUGGGAAACCACCAAGCGCCUGCGAAUACGUCGUCUUACCAUGCCAGUGAGGACUGCACUGCUAACAACAAGGCACUGUAUCUCUUCUACGCGGCUGUGAUGAUCAUCAUUUUCAUCUUGGCGUUGCCUCUGAAUGCUUCUGUCCUCCACCUUUUCAUCUUCAAGCUGAAGUUCUGGAAGUCCAGCACGAAUAAUGUCUUCCUUUUCAACCUGGUGUUGGCUGACAUUCUUUUGCUCUUUUGCCUGCCCGUGAAAGCACACAACUAUAUCCAGAAGGAAAGAAGGAGCCAGAAUGACACUGUAUGCAAAGCCAUGCUCUUCAUGCUGUUCCUUAAUCGAGGGGCUAGCAUCGCCUUUUUAACUGUGACCUCCAUUGACCGAUACUUCAACGUGGUCCAUCCUCGUAGAAAGAACCUCCUCAGAGCUCUGAAGAAAUCUCCUCACAUUUCCAUCUUCAUCUGGCUCCUUCUUCUGCCUCUUACCAUCCCCACCAUGCUCAAGAACUUUGAAUGCUGCAACAGCCACAAGUCCAUCGACUCUAUUGCAAAGGAGGAUGCCGUGAUCAAGGACACGGUGGACCGUCUUCGAGAGGUGGUCUUCUUCACACAGAUCAUCAUCCCUUUCAUCAUCCUAGUGUACUGCACGGUGCGCAUCGUCAAUCGUCUGAGAAAGAAAAGCGUGGGGGACAGGGCCAAGCUGAGAAGAGCCAUGUUCCUGGUCACCUCCGUCAUGGUGGUGUUCUCCGUGUGUUUCCUCCCCUGCGCCCUGGCCAGGAUGAUUCUGCUGAUAGCCAGGGUCCACAAGUGGUCGGACAUUUCUGAAGAUAUAGCCACUGAGGUUUUCGAUGGUCUCAUGGUCCUGUCUUAUGUGGACUGCUUAGUGGAUCCACUGGUGUACUGCUUUUGUAGCACCAAGUUUAAAAACCUGUACCUCUCCAAUUAUUUCCCGUUUCUAAUGAAAGGAGACGUGCCACCAGAGAGCUCCAAUUCUGCUGGGAACGCCUCGACUCCCAGGCAGGGUAAUAAUGUCAUUUGA